AAUCGACUUCCGGUCGCAUGACAACAAUAAUAAAGGUAGAGGAGUUUCGAAAAGAACUACACCAAAUGAUGACGUUUUACACACAGAUUGAAUAUACACAAUCACAAGAGACGAAGUCAUCUUUUAUUUACAUUUCACAAUAGUUUAAAUACAUGUCCAGUUCCUAAAGUGUGACGUUAGAGCAUAGCUUGAAAAUGUCGAUGGAUAAACAUCUGUUUAACCUCAAGUUUGCAGCCAAAGAUUUGGAAAGAAAUGCCAAAAAAAGUGAAAAAUCAGAAAAAGAAGAGAAAACCAAAUGUAAAAAGGCUAUGCAAAAAGGCAAUGCGGAAGGGGCAAAGAUCCAUGCAGAAAACGCAAUAAGACAGAAAAAUCAGGCUUUGAAUUAUCGUAAAAUGAGUGCCAGAAUAGACGCAGUGGCGUCGAGGGUUCAGACGGCCGUCACGAUGAAGCAGGUAACAGGAUCAAUGGCAGGGGUGGUAAAAUCCAUGGAGUCUGCAAUGAAGUCCAUGAAUCUGGAAAAGGUAUCCCAGUUGAUGGACCGAUUUGAGCAGCAGUUUGAGAACCUUGAUGUCCAGACGCAGGUGAUGGAUGCCACCAUGAGCAACACAUCCACACUGACCACUCCACAGGGGGAGGUGGACAAUUUGAUGCAGGAGGUGGCGGAUGAGGCAGGGUUGGAGUUAAAUCUAGAUCUGCCCUCAGCACAGUCCACCUCUUUAUCCAGUACUGCCCAGGCUUCCACAGAACAAGAUGAACUUUCACAAAGACUGGCAAAGCUGCGACAACUGUAGAAGUUGUGGAAAAGACACACCAAGCCUCUAGUGUACUGUGAUUAUCAGGACCUUUAAGUCGGGCAUACUCUUCAAACACAGCAAUGACUGAGAUGUAUUAUACAAAACCUGCGAUUAUCAGUGCAUAUCUGAUUUCUCAAUCAACAUUAUUGAUAUAAUUAGGAAUGAAACUUAAAUGUAUUUUGUAGUAGAUUUAUUUAUAGGGAUCGAAACCUAUCCAGAUUUUCCAGAGAAGAAUGGAAGUGGAUGUAGCAUCUUUGGUUUUUAAGUUGAAAUACAUGUUCAUAUUAUUAAUGUAAACGAGUUUAUUCUGUAAACUUUAUACUAUGUACAUGUAUGUACGAAGGGUGCCAUCUCAACCAUAACAUGUUUCAAGUCUGAAACACGAUAUUCACAUGGAUACAAUGUGCAAGAUAGAUUUUGUCAUUUCAUGAUAGGCUGCAGUGAAUUAGAUUAUUUACUGUUUUUUAACUGUAACAAAUACUUCAUGUUCUGUGUAAAGCUCCUUAUUGAGUGUAUUGUGAAUUUUAUGUUUGUUUGACUUGUAGUAUUCAUACAUGCAUAUUUUGUACAGCACAUAUUGACAUGACAACAUUGUCAAAAUAUUUAAUAAAAACAUAUUUCAGGUCA